GGGGGAAAAGGAGAGGAGAAAAUGAAGGAAGGGAAGAAUAAGCAGCACUUUAUUCUAGUUCACGGUGCUUGUCAUGGAGCAUGGUGUUGGUACAAGGUCGCCACACUACUAAUAUCCACAGGAAACCAAGUCACGGCCUUGGAUCUUGGAUCUUCGGGCACCAAUCCGAAGAAGUUCAACGACGAGUUCUGCACGUUUUCUGACUACUCUCAGCCGCUGCUGGACAUCAUGGCCUCUCUUCCUCCACAACAAAAAGUGAUUCUGGUGGGCCACAGCCUUGGAGGUCUGACCCUGGCUCUAGCCAUGGAUAGGUACCCAGAGAAGGUGUCGGCCGCUGUCUUCGUGACGGCAUUCAUGCCGGAUUCUUCUAACAGGCUCUCUUUUGUCUUGGAUAAGUUUUUUGAGUCGAAACAGUACAAUCUCAUGGACACUAAAUUCGACUUUUAUCAAGGACAAGAAGAGCUUCCCAGGAUGUUAUUCGGCCUUCAGUAUCUGUCGCAACGUUUAUAUCAACUCUCCCCGCCAGAGGACAUGACCUUGGCAACAACACUGUUAAGAGCGACACCAUUACCACGAGAAGAACAGUCAAAUGCACCGAUCCUUUCGGAGGAGAGAUAUGGAUCCGUUAGCCGAGUUUACAUCAUGUGCGACGAAGAUAUAUGCAUUACCUACAAUUUCCAACGUUGGAUGAUUGAGAAUGACCCAGUUAAAGAAGUGAAAGUGAUCAAUGGUUCCGAUCAUAUGCCCAUGUUCUCUAAACCACAGGAACUAUGCCUUUGCCUCUUAAAGAUUGCUGAGACAUACUCUUGAUUGAUUCACUACCAUUACUAUUGCUACUGCGACUGCGACUGCUGCUUCUGCUAUUAUUUGCUCAAAAUAAUUAUUCUUAUUAUUAGAUGGAACAUCUAAACAUAAUGUUAAAUCCCUUAAAUAA